AUGCUCAUUGUGACCUUAUUUAUCGUCUAUUUCAUCUCAUCCUUGGUGAUAGCAUCAGCACAGUGGCAGCAAUGCGUGGAUCCUGUCGUGGGUUUCGACAAGGCCAAGAAUGUUGAAUAUUUUCCCAGCAACAUACCGUAUUUUUCCGACUACUCCAAAACCAUCACGAAUUUCCAGUCUCACAAAUACUACGCUACUUUAGAAGUCCUAUCAAAGCCGUCAGUGAUGGUAAAAGUGUUGCUCGUGCGCUGUGGCACUGAAGACCCGACGGUCAGCAACCCGGACAGUUUUGCCGACUACAUCAAAGUGAAAACGCCAGUUAAAGAGAUGGGACUCACUGAGACUCUUAUGGUUGGAAUACUGGAUAAAGGCCUUGGUAAACUGACUACUGUUAGUGCUUACCUCAACAAGGCCGAUCUGCUUCUACCUAAAGAACCUCUACUGCAAGCCCGUCUACCUCAGAUUAAAACUUGGCAAUGCACUGCUACCUCAACUGAGGCCGAGUGCAAGAAGGAGCCAGGCUGUUCAUUCUCCUCAGGGAAAUGCACUGGUGCUUUUGGGGGACCUAAUAAUGCAACAAAACUCAACGAACUAGAUUUAUCCGCAGUGAUGGUAUCUGCUGGGUCGGUAGAGUCGUAUAAGGCUGUAACAAAGACUCCUAUAUUACCAUUUAGUGAUCGCUACGAGGCUAGUCCGCUUGGUCGGCUCACGUGGAUCCUAUUUAUGGGUUUACUAACAGAUACCUAUAGUACUGCUGCAUCACAUUUCCUGAGCACAAGAUCCAGCUAUAUGCAAGCUUCAGCGCUCGCUGCAAGGGCGUCGUAUAAGCCUUCAGUGUGGAUGGGCAGUGCAUUUCAAGGCAAAGUUUGGUAUUUUCCUAAGCCUGAUUCCUAUGUGGCGCGUAUGAUGGAGGACGCUCAUGUUUACUAUAUGUUCUCUGAGGAGAAUACUAAAGAGCUCAGCAAGAAUAUUCAAACUAUCGCUGCAUCCGGCCAGAUUAACAACAGUGUCGUUGCUCUGGAAGGCCCUAGUGAUACUGCUAUAUACGCGCAAGGUGCGGAGUACUAUAUCCCCAGGGCGGGCUUGAAUGAAAAUAAAGUUUCUGAAGUAGUCGCCCUCAACACUGCGGUAGAUAUUAAGACUUGGCGAGCUAUUCGCUGUGGGGGAGGCCUCAUAGACUACAAUAAGGGUGGUUUUCCGAAUCCAGUAUUUUACGAUGGAAUUUUGAAUCCUGAUCUUCUUUUGAAGGAUGUGAUUUAUUUAACUCAUCCUGAUUUGAGAGGAGCACUAGACUACGAGACCGUAUACUACAUGGCGUAUGAACAGGACCUGCCCGAUCUCACGUGUCCAGUGCCGGCUCGUAUUCCGGUGGUACCACCUCGGAAUGGGAAGACUACUGUUGUGUCCAACUAUAAGAUUAGUGGUAUUAGAAGGCAACUUAUUGAUAUAGGCCUGUACGAGGCCUCGGGGCCUGGGAAGGUGUCACUGUAUGAAAUGCUCAAAUCUAAGUUCGGUUCGGAAGAGCUCAAUCUGGGGUUUGUAUCUAACAUAGAAAGCGGGCGUAGACGUCUUGAGGAGAAUGCUGAUGAUGACGAGCUUGUACUCAAAGUUGUUGCUGUGAUGGCCGUCGGAGAGGCUUCGAACGGCAUCGGCUAUGCUGAAAACGACGCGGCGAAUUCUAUCACUGAGUGGUUAAAAGGCCAAUCGGAUGAAGGAGGAUCUCCCCGUGCAGUACUCGACGGAGAGCCUCUGGUAUAUCGCCGAGGUGCUGAAGCCCAGACUGGGAAAGAAGGGCUUUCCUCGGGUGCAGUGGCUGGUAUUACUCUUGCUUCUGUCGCGGUUUUCCUACUUAUAAUUUUCAUCGCAUAUCUCUUAUACAGGAGAUAUCGUAAAAAGGGCGAGGAAGAGGAACGCCUUCGUAGGAGCUCGGAAGAGGGGGACCAUGCUGAUGUGGAGGAUCCUUCUGUUGGUGAGGCUGCGAGCAUUGUUGUGGACACUCCUCAAGCCCCAUCGGGUCGCCCGACGUAG